CCCGCCCCCGCCGGGCCUUAGCCGCGGCCCCGGCUGCUCCCGCGCUGAGGAACACGCCGGGAAUCUGCAGGAGCCGAGCGUGGUGAGCUCAAGAGGAGGUUGAAGUGGCAUAGCAAUGGUUAGAGGCCCUGCUGGGAACAAACAGCCUCUGGAGGCAUAGGGACCUGUGGACUUAUUAUCUGGCAAUCCCAUGGAGACAGGAAACCCUGUGUUGAACAACAUGAAGCCCCAGUCGCUGCAGCUGGUACUAGAGGAGCAAGUGCUGGCACUGCAGCAGGAGAUGGCAGAGAAUCAGGCAGCCUCCUGGCGGAAGCUGAAGAACUCCCAGGAAGCCCAACAGAGGCAAGCAACCCUCGUGAGGAAGCUGCAGACCAAGGUGUUGCAGUACCGGAGCUGGUGCCAAGAGCUGGAGAAGCGGCUGGAAGCCACUGGAGGACUGAUCCCUCAGAGGUGGGAAAGUGUGGAGGAGCCAAACCUGGAACAUCUGCUCAUCCGAUUAGAGGAGGAACAACAGAGGUGUGAGAGUCUAGCAGAGGUGAACACCCAGCUUCAACUGCACAUGGAAAAAGCUGAUGUGGUGAAUAAAGCCCUUCGGGAAGAUGUGGAAAAAUUGACAGUGGACUGGAGUCGGGCCCGGGAUGAACUAAUGAGGAAGGAGAGCCAGUGGCGGAUGGAGCAGGAGUUCUUCAAGGGCUACCUGAAAGGGGAGCAUGGUCGCCUUCUUGGUCUGUGGCGGGAGGUGGUCACCUUCCGACGUCACUUCCUGGAAAUGAAGUCAGCUACUGACAGAGAUCUGACAGAGCUAAAGGCUGAGCACGUGAGGCUUUCAGGGUCCCUGUUGACCUGUUGUCUGCGCUUGACUGUGGGAGCACAGUCUUGGGAAUCCAAUGGCUCUGGGAAAGUGGAUGGGAGGGAGCCAGCCCAGCUGCUGCUGCUACUAGCCAAGACCCAGGAGUUGGAGAAGGAAGCCCAUGAGAAGAGCCAAGAGUUAAUACAGCUGAAGAGUCAAGGGGAUCUGGAGAAGGCUGAACUUCAGGACCGGGUGACCGAGCUCUCUGCUCUGCUGACCCAGUCUCAGAAGCAAAAUGAAGAUUAUGAAAAGAUGGUAAAGGCUCUGAGAGAGACAGUGGAGAUCCUGGAGACAAAUCACACAGAAUUAAUGGAACAUGAGGCAUCUGUUAGUAGAAAUGCCCAAGAGGAGAAGUUGUCUUUACAACAGGUGAUCAAGGAUAUAACCCAGGUCAUGGUGGAAGAAGGGGACAAUAUGGCCCAAGGCUCUGGUCAUGAAAGCUCUUUGGAAUUGGACUCUAGUGGCUUCUCCCAGUUUAAUUCCCAGGCCCCGGACAAGGCUGUUACUCUGGUGCGUUCAGUGCUGACUCAUAGACGCCAGGCUGUGCAGGACCUAAGGCAGCAGCUUUCAGGCUGCCAGGAGGCUGUGAGCUUCUUGCAGCAGCAGCAUGAUCAGUGGGAGGAAGAGGGCAAAGCCCUGAGACAGCGGCUGCAGAUGCUCACUGGGGAGCGGGACACUCUGGCAGGGCAGACUGUGGACCUCCAGGGAGAGGUGGACUCUCUCAGCAAGGAGCGAGAGCUCCUGCAGAAGGCCAGGGAAGAGCUGCAGCAGCAACUGGAGGUGCUGGAGCAGGAGGCAUGGCGCCUGCGAAGGGCAAACAUGGAGCUUCAGCUGCAGGGGGACUCCGCUCAGGGGGAGAAGGAGGAGCAGCAGGAAGAGCUACACCUGGCUGUCCGGGAAAGGGAGCGCCUUCAGGAGACGCUGGUGGGCCUGGAAGCCAAGCAAUCAGAAUCACUCAGUGAACUGAUCACUCUUCGGGAAGCCCUGGAGUCAAGUCGCCUAGACGGGGAGUUACUGAGGCAAGAGCAAACAGAAGUGACCGCAGCGCUGGCUAGGGCAGAACAGUCAAUUGCAGAGCUGUCGAGUUCUGAGAACAGCCUGAAGGCAGAGGUAGCUGAUCUUCGGGCAGCAGCUGUCAAACUCAGUGCCUUAAAUGAGGCUUUGGCCUUAGAUAAAGUUGGGCUGAACCAGCAGCUUCUCCAGUUAGAGCAGGAGAACCAGUCUGUGUGCAGCAGAAUGGAGGCAGCAGAGCAGGCGAGAAACGCUUUGCAGGUGGACCUGGUGGAGGCAGAGAGGAACAGGGAAGCCCUGUGGGAAAAGAAAACUCACCUGGAAGCUCAGCUGCAGAAAGCAGAGGAGACUGGAGCUGAGCUGCGGGCAGAUCUCAGGGGCAUCCAAGAAGAAAAAGAAGAAAUUCAAGAGAAACUAAGCGAGGCACGUCACCAGCAGGAGGCAGCCACAGCUCAGCUGGAGCAGCUGCAUCAGGAGGCAAAGCGACAGGAAGAAGUGCUUGCCAGGGCAAUCCAGGAGAAGGAGGCCCUGGUACGAGAGAGGGCAGCUCUAGAGGUGCGGCUGCAGGCUGUGGAGCGAGACCGGCAGGACCUUGCUGAACAACUACUGGAGCUCAGCUCAGCCAAGGAGCUACUGGAGAACAGUCUGUUUGAGACCCAACAACAAAAUUCUGUGAUAGAGGUCAUCAAGGGGCAGCUGGAGGUCCAGAUUCAAACUGUCACUCAAGCUAAGGAAGUAAUCCAAGGGGAAGUGAGGUGCCUGAAGCUGGAACUGGACGCUGAACGGAGCUGUGCAGAACAGGAACGGGAUACAGCAGCCAGCCAGCUGGCCCGGGCUGAGCAAGAGGGACGGACUGCACUGGAGCAACAGAAGGUGGCCCACGAGGAAGAGGUGAACCAGCUCCAGGAAAAAUGGGAAAAAGAGCGCUCCUGGCACCAGCAGGAGCUGGCUAAAGCUUUGGAGAGCCUAGAGAGGGAAAAAAUGGAGCUGGAAACAAGGCUGAGGGAGCAGCAGACAGAAACCGAGGCCAUCCAGGCGCAGAGGGAAGAAGAACGGACGCAGGCCGAGAGUGCCCUGUGCCAGAUGCAGCUGGAAACAGAGAAGGAGAGAGUGUCCCUCCUGGAGACGCUGCUGCAAACCCAGAAGGAGCUGGCAGAUGCCAGCCAACAACUGGAACGGCUGAGGCAGGACAUGAAGGUCCAGAAGUUAAAGGAGCAGGAGACCACUGGGAUGCUGCAGACCCAGCUUCAGGAGGCUCAGCAGGAGCUGAAGGAGGCAACUCAGCAGCACAGAGACAACCUUGCUGCCAUCCGGGAAGAGGGCCGCAUCCUGCUGCAGGAUAAGAUAGACCUGCAGAAGCAGGUGGAGGACUUGAAGUCUCAGUUGGUGGCCCAGGAUGACUCCCAGAGGCUGGUUGAGCAGGAGGUUCAGGAGAAGUUGAGAGAGGCCCAGGAAUAUAGCCGAAUUCAGAAGGAGCUGGAGAAAGAGAAAACCAGCCUGACCCUGUCACUGGUGGAAAAGGAACAGAGACUCCUUGUUUUACAAGAAGCUGACUCUAUUCGACAGCAAGAGCUGAGCGCCCUGCGCCAGGACAUGCAGGAGGCCCAGGGAGGGCAGAAAGAGCUUAGUGCCCAGGUGGAAUUACUGAGGCAAGAGGUGAAGGAAAAGGAGGCUGACUUUCUGGCCCAGGAAGCGUGUCUGCUGGAGGAGCUGGAGGCAUCUCAGAUCAUGGAGCAGCAGCUGCGAGCUUCCUUGUGGGCCCAGGAAGCCAAGGCAGCCCAACUACAGCUGCAACUGCGCAACACAGAGAGCCAGCUGGAAGCACUGGCCACAGAGCAGCAGCCUGGGAACCAGGCCCAGGCCCAGCUGGCCAGCCUCUACUCUAUCCUGCAGCAGGCCCUGGGGUCAGUCUGUGAGAGCAGGCCUGAGCUGAGUGGUGGUGGAGACUCUGCUCCCUCCCUCUGGGUCCUUGAGCCAGAACAGAAUGGAGCUAGAAGCCUCUUUAAAAGAGGGCCCCUCCUGACUGCUCUCUCAGCUGAGGCAGUAGCAUCUGCCCUCCACAAGCUUCACCAAGACCUGUGGAAGACCCAACAGGCCCGGGAUGAUUUGAGGGAUCAGGUCCGGAAGCUGGAACAGCGUCUAACUGAUACCGAGGCUGAGAAGAGCCAGGUCCACACAGAAUUGCAGGAUCUGCAGAGACAGCUCUCCCAGAACCAAGAGGAGAAAUCCAAGUGGGAAGGAAAACAGAACUCCCUAGAAUCUGAGCUGAUGGAGCUGCAUGAAACUGUGGCAUCCUUACAGAGUCGCCUACGGCGAGCAGAGCUACAGGGAAUGGAAGCCCAGAGUGAGCGAGAGUUACUUCAGGCAGCCAAGGAGAACCUGACAGCCCAGGUGGAACAUCUGCAAACAUCUGUUGCAGAAGCCAGGGCCCAGGCAAGGGCUGCCGGGGUCCUGGAAGAAGACCUGAAAACAGCUCGCUCAGCACUGAAACUGAAAAACGAGGAGGUGGAGAGUGAGCGUGAGAGAGCUCAGGCUCUGCAAGAGCAGGGCGAGCUGAAGGUGGCCCAAGGGAAGGCUCUGCAAGAGAAUUUGGCUCUCUUGGCCCAGACCCUGUCUGAAAGAGAAAGGGAAGUAGAGACCUUGCGGGGGGAAAUCCAGGAACUGGAGAAGCAAAGAGAAAUGCAGAAGGCUGCUUUGGAACUGCUGUCCCUGGAUCUGAAGAAGAGGAACCAAGAGGUGGAUCUGCAGCAAGAACAGAUUCAGGAGCUGGAGAAGUGUAGGUCUGUUUUAGAGCAUCUGCCCAUGGCUGUCCAGGAGCGAGAGCAGAAACUGACUGUGCAGAGAGAGCAGAUCAAAGAGCUCGAGAAAGAUCGGGAGACUCAGAGGAACAUCUUGGAGCAUCAGCUUCUAGAACUUGAGAAGAAGGACAAAGUGAUUGAGUCCCAGAGAGGGCAGCUCCAGGAUCUGAAAAAGCAGUUGGUUACUCUGGAAUGCCUGGCCCUGGAACUGGAGGAAAACCAUUGCAAAAUGGAGUGCCAGCAAAAGCUGAUCAAAGAGCUGGAGGGCCAGAGAGAAAUGCAGAGGGUGGCUUUGACCCACCUUACACUGGACCUGGAAGAAAGGAGCCAGGAGUUGCAGGCGCAAAGCAGCCAGAUCCACGAACUGGAAAGCCACAGCACCCUUCUGGCACAAGAGCUGCAGGAGAGGGCCCAGGAGCUGAAGUCCCAGCGAGAACAGAUCGAGGAGCUACAGAGGCAGAAAGAGCAUCUGACUCAGGAUCUUGACAGGAGGGACCAGGAGCUGAUGCUGCAGAAGGAGAGGAUUCAGGUUCUAGAAGAUCAAAGGACGGUGCAGACCAAGAUCCUAGAGGAGGACCUGGAACAGAUCAAGCUGUCUUUGAGAGAGCGAGGCCGGGAGCUGGCCUCUCAGAGGCAGCUGAUGCAGGAGCGGGCAGAGGACGGGAAUGGCCAGAGUAAAGCGCAGCGUGGGAACCUAGAGCAUAUGAAGCUGAUCCUGCGUGAUAAGGAGAAGGAGGUAGAAUGCCAGCAGGAGCAGAUUCAGGAACUUCAGGAGCACAAGGACCAGCUGGAACAGCAGCUCCAGGGCCUGCACAGGAAAGUGGGUGAGACCAGCCUACUCCUGACCCAGCGAGAGCAGGAGAUAGUGGGCCUGCAGCAGCACCUGCAGGAAGCCAGGGAGCAAAGGGAGGUGAAAGAGCAAUUGCUUCAGGGUCAACUGGAAGAGGCCAAGAGAGUGCUGGCCCAGCAGGACCAGGAACUUGAGGCCCUGCGGCAGGAACAGCGGCAGGCCCAGGGGCAGGAGGAGUGUGUGAAGGAAAAGGCAAGUGCGCUGCAGGGAGCUCUGGAGCAAGCCCAUAUGACAUUGAAGGAGCACCAGGGAGAGCUUGAGGACCACAAGGAGCAGACACAAAGGCUCCAGGAAGAGCUGGCAGCGGAGGGACUGCGGGUACAGGCCUUGGAGGAGGUGCUAGGAGACCUGAGGGCUGAGUCUCGGGAGCAUGAGAAGGCCCUGCUGGCCCUCCAGCAACAGUGCGCCGAGCAGGCACAGGAGCACGAGGCAGAGGCCAGGGCCCUGCAGGACAGCUGGCUGCAGGCCAAGGUGAUGCUCAAGGAAAGGGAGCAGGAGCUGGAGGCUCUGCGGACAGAAAGCCAGUCCUCCCGGCAUCAGGAGGAGGCUGCCUGGGGCCAGGCUGAGGCUCUGCAGGAGGCCCUCAGCAAGGCUCAGGCUGCCCUACAGGAGAAAGAGCAGCAUCUCCUUGAGCAGGCAGAACUGAGCUGUAGUCUGGAGGCCAACAUCGCCACGCUGCAGGCUGCCCUGGAUGCCCACCAGGCACGUGCCCGGCAGCUAGAGGAGACCCUGAGGACGCGGGAAGGUGAGAUACAGGAUCAGGAUCUCCGGCACCAGGAGGAUGUGCGGCAGCUCCAGCAGGCACUUGCCCAGAGGGAUGAAGAGCUGCGACAUCAGAAGGAACAGGGGCAGCUGCUGGAGAAGUCUCUGGCCCAGAGGGGCCAAGAGAAUAUGAUCCAAGAGAAGCAGAAGCUGGGACAGGAGAGAGAAGAGGAAGAGAUGAGGGGCCUUCGUCAGAGUGUAAGGGAGCUACAGCUGACUCUAGCUCAAAAGGAAGAGGAGAUCCUGGAGCUGAGGGAGGCCCAGCAAAGGAAGAACCUGGAGGCCUUACCCCACAGCAACAGAGCCUCCCCAGUGGAAGAACCAUCUCCAAAACUGGAAUCUUCAGGGCCCAGACUACAGCGGGAGCUGGAGCGGCUACAGGCAGCCCUGAGGCAGACAGAAGCCAGGGAGAUUGAGUGGAGGGAGAAGGCCCGGGAGUUGGCACAGUCCCUGGCCCAGAGCAAGGCCAGUGUCAGCAAUCUGCAGGAGGUAGCCAUGUUUCUACAAGCCUCUGUCCUGGAGCGGGACUCAGAACAGCAGAGGCUGCAGGAUGAGCUGGAGCUCACCAGACAGGCUCUGGAGAAGGAGCAGUUGCACAGCUCAGGCCCGAGCAGCAGAGCGGAACGGGGGUCCAGAGGAGAGCAGGGUGUACAGCCGGGAGAGGUCUCAGGAGUGGAGGCUGAGCCUAGUCCUGGAAUGGAAGAGAAGCAGCCAUGGAGACAAAGGCUCGAACACCUGCAGCAAGCAGUGGCAUGGCUGGAGGUUGACCGGAGCAGACUACAGCACCACAAUAUCCAGCUGCAGACCACCUUGGAGCAGGUGGAGCGAGAGCGGAGGAAGCUGAAGAGGGACUCCAUGCGUGCAUCCCGGGCGGCGGCCCUGGAGAUCAGCGAGGCCACAGCUGCAUCACCCACACAGCAGGAUGGAAGAGGAGGACAGAAGAGCUCCUCAGGUGCUAAGUAUGUGGUUGAACUACAGAAAGAGGUGGCCCUGCUGCGAGCCCAGCUGGCCUUGGAGCGGAAGCAGAAGCAGGACUACAUUGCCCGCUCGAUACAGACCAGCCGUGAGCUAGCGGGCCUGCACCACAGCCUCUCCCACUCCCUUCUCGCCGUGGCCCAGGCCCCCGAGGCCACUGUCCUGGAGGCCGAGACCCGCAAGCUGGAUGAGUCCCUGACUCAAAGUCUGACAUCUCUAGGGCCGGUCCUGCUACUCCCCAGCCCCAGCCCCAGCCCCACCCAAGCCACCUCCAGGUAGCAGCCAGGCUGGGCAGGACCCAGGCCAGCCUGGAAGCACACAGACAGAUGACUAUAGAGGGCGUCACGGCCCCUCUACACAGCUAUAGGUUUGCCAAGGGAAGGGCCUGGCUCUGUUACCCUACCUGGGAGCCCCAGGUCAGCUGACGUUCCCAGGAAGAGGAAGGAAACCUGCAAGGCUGGGGAGGCCCCAACUCACUGGGAAUGAGGCAAAUUACAUUUGCCUGCUACCUACACAGUCACCCAGAGGAGUGGCCAAGGGGCAUCAGCUGCCUCUCAUCUAGAAUUUAUUUUCCUAGUACUUGACCUUCUCCCUCAACUUCCCCUUCAACGAUAAACCCUGAGUCUUUGCAUUAGUUCCCUGCUGUCUCCACCUGUGCAGCUGGGCAGCAGUGGGACAUCAAGGGAGUUUAUUAAGAAAGAGCUUGCUAAAGAUUCCUGUCAGGUGGCAUGAAUUUAUUGUAUGUGUGCACUGUGACAGGGAGGCUCACAGAAGACACACAAGACAAAGCCGCUGUCCACAGAGACCCUGUGUUCCAGCUGAUGAAAACAGACUAACGCGUUAAUCAGACAGUUCUGUGCACUGGCUGGAAGAGCUGUGGAACUCCAGGGGCUGAGGAAGGGAGGCAUGAACUGGCCCUCAAGGGAAGGGGUGGAGUUAGGGCGCCAGUGAGCUCGCAGUUACAGCCCAGGGCCUGAGGCUGAGGUUGCAGGUUAAGGAGAUCAUGGAGAGCUUCUAGUGCUAACUCUUGGACGGUGAGCAAACUUUGAUGUUCUUGACUUAAAACAAGUUCCGGAGCUUCAAAAACACUGACUUGACCUUUAACUGAAGUCAGAGUCUCAAGUUCAUAAGCUCCAUCUGACCUCAUUCCCCUUCUACUCUGGGUGAAUGCCCCUGAGGUGUCCCUUCCAGGGCAUAUAUCAGCUGGAACUGACUGGUCAUCUGUAGUCCAGCCAUGUGUCAAGCCAGUCAGGAAGAUGGACUGCGGCAGAACUGUCACUUAAUGGACUGGUCCUGGUGGAGGCAGUCAACUGAACCUAGCUCACAGGCUUAAGACCUGUCAUUGGCAACUUCCUCAAAGCCUAAGAACAGUUUUCUUUAAAUAAGCAGGUUGUGAUCUUCCUCUGGUACUCGGCUGUAAUCUGGAAUUCCUCUUCCCUAAGCCUGGGGAUGGAGCUAAGAUCUAGCUAAGAAGGUGGGGGUUUGGGAGCAGCACCCACUCACCCAGACCUACUGAAUUGGGACUCAGCCCCAUUGUAUCCUGUUGCACCACACACAGUCGAAAUGGGGCUGUUGGCAACUGCUACAGCUUUGUUCCAAAAACCCACACGUGCAACUCAGCAGUAGAUGCUUAGUAAAAACUUACAGUUCAGAACCCCCAGAAAUGGAUCUGGGAUCCCAGAGACACUGGCUUGGUCUGUCCAGUGAGAUCCCCUGUGGCUCAAAAUCCUUUCCUGGCCCUUAGGCUUGUCCCAUUGCUAGGAGUUCUCAGGGACAAACAAGACUUCCCUUGGUUGCCAACUGUUUAUGGUUCAUCUCUGGUUCUCUGGCUCAGAGGCUGACAGAGGAGCCUUGUUUUUUACCUUGGAGUUUCUUCUUAGUACCAUUAUCUGAGCCAAGGCUGUAAGUCCCACAUACCGUCUGGGAGUCAGGGAUUCCAGUGAAUAAAAGACAUUUAGAGGCUGCCAAGCAGGGUCUUUAUUUAGGACUAGGCUAAUUUCUAUUUGCUCUUGCCUCCCUAUCCAACCCUCCAUUACAGACCCCAGUCUAGGCUCUUCCCCCCACGACCCGAUAUUUGGAUCUGGGUUGGCCUUUCUUACCCUCAGACUGUAGCCUAUAGAUGACUUUUUGCUCCAGCUUUCUAAAGUGCACUUUUCUUGAACCAGUAGUAGGACAGCCUCUAUGCAGAGUCUCACUAGCAACGGUGCCAACUGCUCCUUCCCUCAGCGUCAAACAGAGACCUGGAGUGUAGAAGCAUGAAGGAAGGAAUGUGGGCCAUCCAGGCAGGACCCAACCUUUGCUUGUCCCAUGCAGCAGGGUAGAACCAGAGCAGUGGCUUCCGCAGAUGGGAAAUGUCCCUGACCAGCCAACUAGUACUCAGGGAUGUGCUCGAGGUAGGCUCAGCUGAUCACCAGGCCCUGAGGGCGAAGAAUGUCAGAGCUCAGCCACACAAGUGGUCUCCUUUGAUAAAACUUUCCCCUUCCUAAUCUUGCCUGCACUGAUAGAGGCUGGUACAGACCUAAAAAGGCCUGAAAAGGGACAAGAGUCAAGUCAGAGCCUUGGCAGUGUUCUUGUUCCCUGGGAGUGCCUGGCUCUGGUGGGUACUGCCCUCUUGUCUCAACGAGCCUCCAUGCAUUGUGUGUUAGAGCAGUGACGAUGACUCACAACCCAGUCACCACUGCCAUCUGCUGCCCCACCUGCGACUGCCAGCACCUUGAAGGCAGGAAAGCUGCCUGGCACUUUACCCUCUAGAGAAGGAGAAGUUGGUGGUAUAUGUUGGGGUGAGGAGGGUGGAGAGUGUACAACUAUAGACUGCAGAGGGAGAACAAGAUCCACAUCCAGGCCAAAAUGCUGAGGGCUGUCUGUUCCAGGCCAGGGUCCUCCACUACUCAUACUGUCCGAUGAAACCAUUGCAGUCCACACUAGUCUGGAGGCUUCAACAACACCAACAGCACGUGGGUGUUCUCAUUCAGGUCAUGAACAUUCUGGGUGCAUUAAGUGCAGGGAAGUUCAGUUGCCCACAUCAUCCUCAAAGCCCAGAGUGGGGCCUGGUUCGUUCUGCAGAGACAGAAAAGCAAGUCAGGAAGGCAGUGGGCUCACAGCCUGGCACUGCUUCCCACCCUCACCCUCCUGCCCCACUGGAGCACGGUGUGCAGAGCAUCGAUGGGUAUCCCAUCUUCCAGAUACUCAGCACAGGACUGGCAUGGUCAGAUCUCAGGGUCUGGCUGUGGCGUGGGGAUCGGUUGGAAUAGAUUCUCCUUGGCCAGCUGGAAUUGGGUUAGGUUCCUGGCCUUUGUGCCUAUGGAGAAGAACAUGGACUGCUUAUCACUUAGCCCAGCUUCCAGUACAGGGGAGAGGCUGGACCCCAUUGUUGGUGGAGGCCCAGCAGAGAAAGGGUCAAGGAGAGGUUGCAGCCUGGAGCCCAGGACUGACCACCCACCAGCCUCUGCAGACAGGGUGGUCUCUAAUUCCAUCAGUGGCUUCAGGGCCCAUCCAAAGUGCUGAUCAAAGCAGGUAACACAGCCUGCUGGUGGAGGCAGGCGGUGCAGAUGUGGUGCUGUGUGGAGCAGCCACAGAUCCUCUGCAGCUCUUGAGCCAGCAGCAGGACUUCCAGAAGGAUCUGUGGAGGUGGGAAAAACCCAGCCACAAAAGCAGCAGGGCAACCUCUAGGCCCAAGGUUGGCUUAGUUUGGCCUUGGGGCAAAUGACACCUUUAGCUAUCACCCCUGCAAUAUCUCACCUCCUGCCCCCUCACCCACUACCUUGCAGAGCAGGGUGAGUAGUGCUGUGGGCAGGGGCAGGGAAGAGAAGUGGUGGCUGCCAGUGUGCUCCAGGCCAUGGACCCCUCUCCGUGAUCCUGGGCACAGUUGGGGAGGGGCACAGGCUCAACUCUGCUCACCACGCUUAGAAAACAGGCAAGGGAGGAGGAAGGGCAUAAAACGGGGUGCCAAGGCCCUAGGGCCCUUUUAUUCCCUUUACCCUGCUGGGGCCCUGAUGGUGGUGAGGAUGAGGGGUGAGGUUUUGGACUGGUCUGGCCUGCUGAUCUCACCCAACUCAGUUCUGUCAGCAGCUUGGUCUAGAGUGGACACUAUGACCUCUUCUUUGCCUUCUGUUGCCAGUGCCACCAGCUCUUUAUAUGCCUUCAUAGGGCCUGAAGCUUGGCUCAGGGCUUGGAGGUAGAAUAUUGAAUAGGUCAGGGCUCAGAGGACAGAUGUGGGUCCCUGCUAGGGCUGUGUGAUGUGGCAUCUGAGAGUGAGCAGGUGUUCCUAUUCCCAGUGUGUGACCAUUUAUUUGGAGACAAGGAGAGGAACAAGAAUUAGUAUUCAAAUGUGGUUCUUUCUUAAUGACUACUGUUAAUAGUUCAGGUGAGGGAAUCAGGGAAGUCAUAAAAAUUCAAUGCCAGACUGAUAGUUCACACAUUGCCCCUGCACCUCCAGUACUGGUUUCCAGUGAGAACCUCUCCUAUAUCUGUGACUAUUCCAGCCCUGUGGGUCAGAUGCAAGGGUGUAAGGCCUUACUGCUGACCAAGAGUAGGCUCACAUUCUAGCUCACUGAUAACCUCGGCCUCCACUAUUGCAUAUGGUUUAACAAUUCAUGCUGGAGCCUUUGGAUAUGACUGUCUUUCCUGUACGAGGGCCCACCUCUUAAGUUUCUCUCCAACUCUGAAUGAGACCCUGGCUCAUGAGAUGGGCUGGUUGCCACCCUUGCCCCAGAUUUUUGUUCAUUUGGUAGUAUUCAUUAAACCUCUGUCACAAAGUUCCACGAUGAGCCCUGAAAAGGAGGGGCUCUCCUCCAGGGAGACAGAACCUGGACACAAACUCUGGCAGAAUGACCCAGGUGCAUAGAAGAGACCCAUUCAUUGGCUGCUCCUCAUGGGGCCAGGGAAAGUGUCAAACAGAACAUCUUGGACAGAGACAGCGCUUGAGGGUCCUUUCAAAGUGUCAAGCCAGGUGGAUGCACUGGAUGUGUGGAGUCGAGGGGUACACCUGUGGGUCCGGGAGCGAUGGCAGAUGUAGAAGCCAGCCCACUCAGCUUGGACCUUUCUGACCAGAAACAGCCACAGGUGAGCAUCAAGACAGCCCACAAGCCUCAAAGCCAUUAAGGCUACAUUCCUGUCCCAAGGGACAAGACAUGGCAAGUGGCAGGCUGACUCAGACAAUAGGCACUGGGGGAAGUAGGAAGCUAUGGUCACAGACUCUACAAACAUCCCACUGCCUGUUGGCCUCCACCCCGUCCUCAACCGUCCAUGGCACCCCCGCUUCCAAGACCUCACCUCUUGCCUUCCUGUGGACCUGUUAAGUCCUAAAGUAUGUUCUGCUAAAGGCUUGGCUGGAGGCUGAGAAGAGGAAAGGGAGCAGUGGCAUUCGGUGUGUCCUGUGGCCUCCAAGGUUGAUGAAGGGGCAGAUGCCCAUAGAGUCCUUCAUGCCAGCCCAGUUAUAUUGGGGACCUUAUCACACAAAUCACAUUGUGAGUUUCUGCAUGUAGUCUUUUGUCAUAAGAAAGCUUUCACCUUGACGUUCAACCCAGGGCUCAGCUGACAAGGGAAGGCUUGGCACUCAAGUAUGAUGGAUGGAACAGGAAUGAAAAAGUUGUUGACCCUGUGCCAAGGCCGGUGUAGUGCCUCUCUCCCAGAGGUGUGAUGUCUGUUCCCAGAGCAGGGUUGUCAAGCAAGAGGCGGAAAGAGAAAAGGAAGAGCUUUUUGGUUCUUCUUGAGGAUAGAAUCUUUAGGAAAACUUUGUAAAAGGGUUAAAAAUAAAUUUCCUAUCUAUCUAAACUU